GCGAUUAGAGAGCCGCUUGAGCUGUCAGCGGGAGUAGCCGCCGCCUGCAGCACACGGGAGGCUGAGGAAAGCUCGGGGACCGCACCGCAGGACCAGGCUGCCAGCAUGCUGACCGACAGCAACGUGGAGGAGUUCGACAUCAAGGAGGAUGAGCCCUGGUACGACCACCAGGACCUGCAGCAAGAUCUGCAGCUGGCAGCUGAGUUGGGGAAGACGCUUCUGGAUCGCAACACAGAACUGGAGGAGUCUCUGCAGCAGAUGUACUGCACGAACCAAGAACAGAUCCAGGAGAUCGAAUACCUUACGAAGCAAGUGGACCUCUUGCGACGGAUGAAUGAGCAGCAUGCGAAGGUGUACGAGCAACUUGAUGUCACUGCCAAAGAAAUGGAAGAAGCCAACCAGAAGCUGGUUCUAGAAAGCAGAACAUCCCAGCAAAAAAUAUCUAGCUUGACAGAGACUAUUGAAAAUCUUCAAAGUAACAUCGAUGACCUCCAGAAGCAAGUAGAGGAGCUAAAGAAACCAGGAUAUGUGUGUCGUAGUCGUGAUAAAUUUGACCAAUCAAGAUCAACACAGAGUGUUUCCUGUCUGAAAGAACUGUACGACUUGCGCAAGUAUUUUGUCUACGAUCAUGUUUUUGCAGAGAAGAUCACCUCCUUACAUUCCCAGCCUGGCCCCUUUGAAGAGGAAAAUAAUACUUUGAAGAAGACCUUAGCAUUGCUGGAAACCCAGCUUGGUCUUGAACGCAAGAAAAGAGAAGAUUUAGAGGCAGAAUACCAACAAGUCAUUAAAGAAAAUUCUGAACUUGAGCAGAUCCUCCUAGACCAGGAUUCAUGCCAAGCGCGGGCCAUAGAACUCGAGGCUGAGGUGGCGGAAAUGCGUCAGAUUUGUCGGACAGACCGUAUAUUCGCAAAUAACGUUGAAAAGUUAAUACCAGAGUCCAUCUACAUCUCUUUCAAAGACACUAGUGACAAAGACUCUGAUCAGGAGAUGGCUGUAAAGCUCUUAGAAGUGGAAAAGAAGCCUCUCCGAAGAAGUAGCAGUGAGAUGGUUCUACCCAGCGUUACGGCUGACCCCAUCUUAAAUGGCCACGAAGAGACGUGUAUUAGACGGACCGAAGCUGUGAAACAGAGAGGUAUUUCUUUGCUUAAUGAAGUGGACUCCCAAUACAGUGCUCUAAAAGUUAAAUACGAGGAACUCCUUCAGAGGUGCCAGUUGGAUGACAACGACCUGACGCAGAAGGCUAUACAAACGACGAAGACACCUGAAAACAUGUCCAAUUCUCAAGAAGAGAGCCCUCUGUCUCAUUCCCCUCAAGCCGGCAAAUCCCCUGGGACACAGCCAGAAUACAAGCUUCUCUUUCAGGAAAUAUUUAGCUGCAUAAAGAAAACCAAAGAAGAGAUUAACGAGCAAAGAACAAAAUACAAAUUUAUUCCAAAUUCCGCUAGUAGUUAGAAUAAUCUACAUUCAUGUUCUAUUUUUUUUUUUUUUUU